AGUUUAGUUCUUGUACUCGUAUCACGUGCUCGUACCCAGAAGGUUUCAAACUUUCAAGUACUCACAAUUAUAUUAGAAACUUCUCCCCGGCGAGAUGAAGUUUUCAUUCAAAUUUUCCAAUUUGCUCGGGACUGUGUACAAAAAGGGCAACCUUCUGUUCACCAAAGAUGGGAACAGCGUUAUCAGCCCCGUCGGGAACAGAAUCACCGUCUUUGAUCUGAAAAACAACAAGUCGAACACACUACCCGUCGAAAGCAGAAUGAACUUCACGACGGUCGCCCUUUCGCCCAACGAUUGUAUCAUGAUCGCUGUCGACGAAAAGGGCGACGCCUUCCUCAUCAGCAUGCUCAGCAAGACAGUCGUUCACAAGUACAAGUUCAACAGCCCAAUAUCUUGUGUUACCUUCAGCCCCGAUGGAAAGUACUUUGCAGUUUGCAAAGGAAGGACUACACACAUUUUCAGAACACCAGGAGCCCAUCUGGGCGAGUUCAACCCGUUCAUACUCGAAAGGGUCUUCCACGGUCAUUUUGAUCUGACGACCUGCCUCGACUGGACAUCGGACUCUAAAGUUAUCGCCGUCGGGUCGAAGGACACCACUGUGAAAAUUUUUGGUGUGCCCAAAUUGAAGAAUUUCCGUAUGUGCUCCCUUGGAAGCCAUGCGGAACAGAUCGUGGCAGUUUUCUUCGAUGAAAACAGCCUCGAUGUCACGACUCUGAGCCGAAAUGGGAGACUCUGCCUAUGGGAAUCCAACUUAGACCUUACUGAUCUCUAUGAUCCGGAACCGCCCGAGAAGAAAAAAUUGGACGAAGAAACUGAAGUCGAUCUCUCCCGGGGGGAAGAAAGAGAAAAAGACCUAGAAAAAGAAGAAGAUGCAGUAGAUGAGACCUCACAGAAGUUGAGAUACUCUUUACUCAAAAAACAUUUUCUUCUGGACAAUAAACAUGACAUCAAGAUCAAAACAGCAGAUUACCAUAAAAAAUCCAAAAUAUUGGUUAUCGGUAGAUCUAAUGGUUCUUUCCUUUUGUAUGAACUUCCUGAUGUGAACUUGAUUCAUUCCCUGAGCAUCACAGAUUCGGAGAUAUCUUAUUUGAAGUUCAACAAUACCGGAGAUUGGAUUGCUGUAGGUUGUGAAACUCACGGCCAGCUUUUGGUAUGGGAAUGGCAGAGUGAGACUUACGUUCUGAAACAGCAGGGACAUUCGUCGUUAAUGUCAACUUUUGCCUAUUCAGGGGAUGGACAGUACUUAGUCACCGGUGGGGAAGAUGGAAAAGUCAAACUGUGGAACUGCCAGACAGGAUUUUGCUUUGUCACUUUCAACGAACACAGUUCAGCUGUCACUGCUGUCAGAUUUGCUCCGAAUAGAAAGUUCUUUAUUUCCGCCUCUCUAGACGGAACAGUCAGGGCAUUUGAUAUGACGCGUUACAGGAACUUCAAGACCCUGACAUCAACUAGGCCGGUUCAAUUUGUGUCCCUCGCAAUUGACUCCAGUUGUGAAUUCGUGGCUGCCGGUGGUCAGGAUGUUUUUGAAAUUUACUUGUGGUCACUUAAAGUAGGUAGAUUAUUAGAAAUACUGUGUGGACAUGAAGGACCGGUUGUCGGAUUAGAAUUCCAUCCAGGUGUAACAUCGACAGAACUCUCUUCUGUCAGUUGGGAUAAGACUUUGAGAAUAUGGAAUGCGAUUGAAACGACGUCGGCCAAUGAAGUCAUACAAUUAAGUUCUGAUGGACUUGCCGUGGCAUACAGACCAGACGGAAAUGAAGUGGCAGUUGUUUCACUCGACAGUCAAAUAUCAUUCUUUGAGCCUUCCUCCGGUCUUCAGGUCGGCUUCAUCGAAGGCAAAAUGGACAUCCACAGUGGGAGAGCCGAUACUGAUUUGAUAACGGCGAAGAAAUCUCAGCAAGGCAAAUCCUUCACCACUCUCUGCUAUUCUGCGGAUGGGAAAUACAUACUUACUGGUGGGCAAUCAAAGUAUGUCUGUAUAUACAACAGGGAAGAAGAGAUCAUUGUUAAAAAGUAUGAAAUUACACAAAACAGGUCAUUGGACGGAGUGGAUGAUUUUAUAAACAGAAGAAAAAUGACAGAAUUCGGAAACAUUAAUUUAAUAGAAAGAAGGGAUGAAACAAAACAGGAUUUGAUCCGGCUUCCGGGAGCAAAAAAAGGCGACAUGGCUUCUAGGUCUUUUAAACCAGAAAUCAGGAUCUUCCACCUCCAGUUCUCUCCAACAAAUCAAUCAUGGGCAGCAGUGACGACUGAAGGGCUUCUGAUUUACUCCCUAGACGGUGGGCAAUUAUUCGACCCGUACCAACUCGAAGAGAGUAUCACCCCAGAUUCCGUAAGGGAAGCCAGGUUAAAUAAAAACUACAGCCAGGCUGUAAUGAUGGCUUUGAGGUUGAACGAACGAUCCUUAAUAAAAGAAGUUGUUGAAGGCAUUCCUUCAAAAGAGAUAGAAAUGUGUAGCUCCAUGUUGCCAGAGGUUUACAUCGAGAAAUUACUUCUUUACAUUUCUAAUGCCUUAGAAACCAGCAAGCAUUUUGAGUUUUUCAUACUAUGGCUCAAGUCUCUUCUUCCUAAGAUUAAAAUACCACCGCUUUCAGUUUUACUCGCAAUCCAGAAAAGCCUCAUCCGGAGGCAGCAAGAGCUGAGCAAGAUAUGCGACUUUAGCAAAUACACUAUCCAGUUUUUGCUCCGGGCUGCAGAAAAAAACAAGCAAAAUGAAACUGUUGAAAACAUGAGUGAAGAUGAGCUACACAUGUAAUGUACAAAUUCUGUAAAUAUUGUAAAUAAAUUGUUUUACUAUUUGUUUUAUAUAUUGUAUAUGGACUGCUAAUUGAU